AUGAUCGUUUCCUUCAGCUUCCCCGACGGUGACCAGAGAUUUUCAUCGGAGAUGGUAGUGGAGAGGCGGUUCAAGCAUCAACAAAUAGGUGGGCAAUGGUGGUUCAGGAAGAGGAAAGAUAAAAGGGAUGUGGUUUCGACACUCACGGUGAUCUUCUCCAAGUCGACAAUCUACCUCCAAUCUGACAAUCUUCUCUGUCGGUGUCUCUCCUUCUCCGACCAGGUACCGAUUUGUGUUGUUAACAGUAAUGUAGAUUUGAGCAUAUUUGAUGAGAAAUAUGCUCUUUUGUUUCGGGAUUCAAUUGCCAUUGGAGAUCAUAUUAUGACUCCAUUACAGUUUCAAAACAAUACCAAUCCAAACGAAGAAAAUGUGGAGGGCAAAGGAGAUAGUGAUGAUAUCAAUUUAGAUGAUGAUGUGGAGCCUCUUUUUCCUGGUUUCCAUGAAAGUAGUUCGAGUAAUAAGAAAAGGUCUAAGCUUGUUUCCAACAACCGUUCAACCAAGAAUAAAAGUUCAAUUUAUGAAGAAAAAGUAGAUGCUUUAUUGGAUGCCAUAUCAAUAAAGAGCACACAAACUUAUCCACAAAAUAAUCCUUCCCCAACAAUAGCAGAUUGCAUGGCUAUUGUUACAAAGUUUACCAAAUUUCAUGAAGGGUCCAACGGAUUUUCACAAGCAUUGUUUGUGUUCACCAAAAAUCAAAAUCAUGAAGCUUUUAUGUUGCCAACGACCGACGAAGCCAAGAUAGAGUUCCUUAAGUUACUUAUGAAAUAA